AUGCCUACAGAGCCCUUUCUAGAUAUCAUUCUCAUCAAUCAUACGAAUUCCGAGUCGCUCUUUGCGCACGUCACUGGCCGGGAUGAACAAGGCGUAGCGAUCCUCCUUGCAGAUGGAGAGACAAUCCACCGGCCCCAGUCACCCUCGGAGAUCUUACAGCCAGUCGGAGCAGAUAUCGCCAUUCCUGUCGGAGGACCUGGAGCUCAGAAAAAGGUGCGGAUACCGCAUAUAUUCGGAGGGCGGAUCUGGUUCUGCAAAGGAAAACCGCUCACAUUUCUACUCAACCCGGGACCAGCUGUGGUAGAGCCAUCUGUGACAAACCCAACCGACCCUAACUUUGACGCCGACUGGGGGUUCUGUGAAUUCACCUACAACAACGAUCAGCUGUACGUCAACGUGUCGUAUGUUGACUUUGUAAGUCUGCCAAUUGGUCUGGAGCUCGAGAACGAGGCCGGCAAAGUGACUCGCGUGCCGGGUAUGCCCAAGAACGGGCUUGACCGGGUCUGCGACGGGCUGAAGCGUCAGGGUGAAAAGGACGGUGCGGGCUGGGAGAAGCUCGUGGUCAAGUCUAAGUCCGGCUCUAACCUCCGAGCACUGAGCGUCAACGGCGGCGCAGAGUUGCACCCGGGCUUGCUGGAGAACCACUUUGUAGCCGAGAUCGACGCGGCGUGGAAGCGGUACGAGAAGGAGGAUAUCGAGAUCAAUACGCAAGCAGAAUGGGGCGACGUCAAGGGUCGCGUGCACCACGGCAAGCUCGUCUUCAAAGACGUGGGAAAGGACAAACUGAAGUUCCACUUCGAGAAGCCGUCAACCCGGGAUGUCGCGUCGUGCAGCACGGGGCCGUUUGCGGGCGGGCCGGACGUGACACCGGCGCAACUCAACAUCGGUGCCCGGAUCGCGGCGGCGCUUAACCGGACGACGCUAUCGAGCAACCCCCGGCAACCCGAAGGCGAGAGUGUGGAUGCGUAUUAUGGCAAGGGAGACGUGAACACGAACCAUUACUCGAGAAUCUGUCACGAGGUGACGAUCGAGGGCAAGGGGUAUGCGUUUCCUUACGAUGAUGUUGGUGCAGCUGGGGGAGUAGAUCAGAGUGGGUUUUUGAACGAUGGGAGACCAAAAGUCUUGACUGUUCAUGUUGGAGGACAGGAGCAGCAAGUAUGA